AUGUCAGCAUUUCUACACGUCAAGUUCGGGAGCGGACGUCCUCCCGAACACGCCCACCAACUUCCUUUCGCACACGAGGUCGAGGAAGACUCGACUCGUACCGCACUGCACGACUCGCUCAAGACCGACAUUCAGCGUAGCAGUGUCAUUCGGUACCUGGAGCAGAACUUCAAGGAGGGCUCGUACGUUCACGACGUCGUCAGCGCGCGCGAGUCGGAGCAUGGGAUGUACGCGCUGGUCUGCAAGAACUGGGCGCGGUCCGUCGGUGAUCCCAAGCUGCACCUCUCGCUGUACAUCUACCAAGACGACCGCCACGUCGCGACCUGGCACGCCUACACCGACCGCUCCGUCUCCUACUCCCGCACAGGAGAUGAGAACGACCCGCCUCCCGACGGCGCCGGCGCCGACCCUUACAGCACGGCCGAAGCGCUCGAAGCUGCCGCCAAUCGAGCGCCGACUCCUGCGCCCGCCUCUCCUGACGCCGACCGACCUCGAUUCAACCGUCCGGCUGCCGCGCCCGACUCUGACGAGGACGGCGUCGAGCCGCCAUUCGAGACUAAUGGGCUGUCCAGCAAGCCUGCAUCGCCAGCGUCCGCUGAGCCUGACGACGAUCGGGCGCCAACCUCCCACAAGCAGGCGACUCAAGCACGUCACGACGUCGAGGAUUCAGACGAUUCGGUGAAGACCCGCAAGGCCGCCUCCUCUGUCCAGAAGCGGGCGAGCGAAGACGUCAAGCGAGGAGACUCUCCCGAGCGUUCGGCUGAAGCAUCUCGUUCGUCUCGUUCUGCGCGUCGGCAGCGGCGCACUUCGAUCUCGUCGGUGGAAGAAGCUGCAAAUGACAAGGCAUACCCGAUCGUCAAGUCGAAACCGAUCGGACGGACGUCGUCUCGCCGGUCGAUAUCUCCCUCUCCUCCACCUCCUUCUCGUCCCGAACGAACAGCCCGCUCGACUCGGAGCGGCGUCUCGCCAAAUCGUGCGGAUGGCUCGGACGGCCGCCAACGCAGUCAACGACGGCGCGAGCCUUCCCCCGACGAGCGCACGCUGUCACCUCCGCCUGAUCGCCCCUCCCGCAGCCCAUCUCCCGCAUCAGCACAGCCAUCGAGCCGCGCAAGGGACCGCGCUCGGCGUACGCUUUGUUCGCCUUCUCCAGCCGAACGGAAGGCGUCCCGCAGCCCUUCGCCCGCCGCCAAAGACGCCCGUACAUCAGAUGCAAAACGCUCCUCCCGCCGCAGACGGUCACCAUCUCCUGACACGACCGAAGCGGAGCAAGGACAUGGACAUCGCGCUCGUAACACGACGAAGCCUAAGCCCGGUUCCGCAGCUCCUGCCGCCGCCCCGCUCGAGCGUACGCCCUCCUGGCGCUCUGUCAGCCGCAAUCGCCAUCGUCGUGACGACUCCGACGAAGACACGCUUGUCCGCGGCAACCUCGACGAUCACGAGCUCGACAUCCCGGCCGGUGGCGAGACGACUCUCCUCGAAGCCAAGCGUCGCUCUGCCUCGAAGGGCCGCUCGGCUCGGCGUGCUCGACACGAACCGAAAGAUGAAGGCUUCGACCCGAAGGAAGUGGAGAAGCCUCCCGUUCCUCCGCCUAAGCCGACUGCGAAAGCCGUCCUCGGCGGAUGGCUCAAGAGCGUGGGGACGCUGCUCAAGAUAGAGGGCGAGCUCGCAGUCGGCGAGGUGGAGCAGAAGGUGCUCGAGCACGAGGUUGACGACGAGAAGGCUCGUGCGCAGCGGAAGGAGGAGCGGCGGUUACGCCGCGAAGCGAGGGCAGCGAGAAGGGCGGCGCGGGCGAAGCAGGAGGAGGAAGAAGAAGCGCGGGAGUCAAGGACCUCUGGUCGAGCCGCCGCCGACGCAGCUGACAACGAUGCGGGUCAGGCUGAGCGGAAGGAGGAGAAUAAGGCGGACAAGCGGCGGAAUAAGCAGCACGAGCGUGAGGACGGUGCGGUGGCCAGUACGCGCGACGACAGAUCAUCUUGUCGUUCCAGACGCGAGCCGGCUGAGGACAAAAGCCUGAAUGCUCGUCCAGCCCGCGAUGUCUCGCCAGAUCCGCCCGCCGUGGACGUUCGGCGCGAGCGCUCAUCUCGCCACCGCCAUCACGGCUCGUCAAAUGUCGAAUCGCCUUCCGAGCUGGACGACGAAGAAGCUCCUCCUUCUCGUCGAAGUCGGGCCAUGUCUGUCUCGGCGACGCUCGACAAAGGCAUGCAGAACCUGCGCAAGUCGGUCGUCGACAUCGUCUCAAACGUCUCCGGGACUCGCGAGGACGCCAAGCCGCCGCGUCACGAGGAGGAAGGACGGCAUCGCGAGAGGGACGACGACUACCACGAAGAUCUCGAUCGCCGCCGCCGACUUGGACGCCAGCAGAAGGACGUCGCGACGGAACGCCCAGCUGCAGCUUCCAGCCGCCGGCACUCGCUUUCGGAGGACGAGCAGGGUAGCCGCACCCGUCCGAGCCGGAACGAUGCUCGCUCACCGCCUCGCCCGCCUGUCCCUCCGCCAGCGCCUGGUAGUACAGCUCGCUCCGCUCGCGCCGCAUACGACCGCGAGCAGAGCCCUCCUCGCUCAAUUGUCGCCCAGCGCGACCGAAAAAUUCUCAAGGAGGUCGAGAAGCUCCCCCGCCGUAUCGCCGAAGACGUCGAGGACGUCACUGGCGAAGCGUACCGCCGCGUCCAACGCGAAGUCGAGGCAGUCGAGGACGAGGUGCGGCGAGUCGGGCGCCGGGAUGACCGCAGGCCGCAGGCACGCUUCAACGAUCCCUACAGCCGCAACGACGCCGCUUCUCGCCGUCUCUCGCCGCUCACGACCAGCUCGAACGAGCGCAACCCCUCGGCUCUCCCGCCCAUCGUCUCGCCGCACUCGCCCAUCCGCGUUCCCCGCGCGUACACCUCGAACGAGUCGCCCAUCCGCCCGCAGCCCAAUGAGCGGGAGGAGGACGAGUCGAGCGAAGAGGAUCGUCCGAAGGAGCGUCGUCGCGCUCGGUCGCCGUCUCCCUCUGACGACGAAGACGACUACUCCCGUCGUCCACGCCAGAGUGCCGCCCAGUCGCCCGCCACGGUCUCGCAAGGCACGCCCUACCGUUUCCCUCCUCCCUCCUCUGCGCCGUCCUCCGCCGCCUUCUCCGACAGCUCCUUCCCCCGCUCCGACCUCGACUCUACCUUUGACUCAGAGCCGGACUCAUCUCGCCGCCAGUACAACGAUCGCAACGUCCGCUCAGCCGCUCCGUCGCCCUCUCUCUCUCCGGAGCCCGAUGCAGUCAAGCAGCGCGGUCGGAACUUAUCGUUUACGCGCUCGAAAGGCGAGAGCUACGAUCCGUUUGGGUCUUCGUCGGAGGAGUCGGAGGACUCGGAGGAGGAGGAAGAGCGGGAGAGGGAGAGGGACCGGGUCAGGGAGAGGGAGCAGGGGAGAAGAGGAGGAGGAGGAGGCGGACUGAGGACAACGGUCGGAGGCGGCGCAAGGGGCGGCCCGCCGAGCUGGGAAAGAGGUAACGAUACCUACGGCGGCCAGUACGAAGAGGAGGACAAGGGGACCCGGCCGUUCAGCCGAACAACGGUCGGCAAGCCCACUUCUCACCUUUCCGGCUGCGCCCCGUCUGCCUCGCGCUCGACUACCGCCCGUCCUUCGACGUUCUCCCCUACCUCGUCCUCUCGUUCGCCAUACGCCGACUCCUACAACAAUUCCUACGACUCUCGCUUCUCCCCUCCUUCUCACUCAAGCUCUCGCUACUCCCCCUCAUUCCAAGAAGACCACGACGACGACCCGCGCUUCUCUCCCUCCCAGUCUCCCGCUUCCCACGCCAACGCCGACCCGAGUACGAGCGCCAGGACGCGAACGAAGAUCGGGGUGAGCGGGAGCGCGCAGACGUUUGGGAGGUUUGGGGCGCCUGUUAGUCGGAGGGCGGCGAGGAGAUUGGGUCUGUGA